AUGGCUUUUGCCAGCUCCUGCGUUCGCUACUUUGUCGACCGCGCCCAGUACGACCCCCCCGUCCAGGCUGUGGCUGCCUUUGUCAAUAUCCGCCUUCCCUACCAGCAGCACCCGAAUCCCGUCUUGUCGUUUAAAUCCGCUCCAUCUUCACCUGCCGCGGCCGCGGCCUCAGCCCACUACCCCUCGGCUCCCACCAGCAGCCGUGGAGGCCCCGGCCCCUCGGGCUUUCCCCCCUCCUUCGGCGGAUUCCAAGCUCCCGGCUCCGCCCUCCCCAACACGGCAGUAUCACCAAUCCCCUACAUCCGUCGUCUCGUCGCCACAGGCUUCGACUAUCCUGCCAUUCUUCACGGUUUCUUUGGCGACGACUGGGUGGCCGGUGUGGGGCGCCUGCACGAAGCCGAACGACGAAACUACCUCUUCGCCGCCAAGAGCCGCCCUUGGCUGAGCGUCAAGGACUCGUACGAUAUGGCCGAUGGCCAGUACACGCCCUUCCUGCGCCCGUUACAGGAGCCAUCCGAAAAGGAGAUUAGAGCAGCAGAUGCCGGCUGGAGUGAAUGGCUGUCCGUGGCCGACCGCGAGUGGACCGAGUGGAUGGCCAUGGAAGACUGGGUCCUCGGCCCACGAGCACCUAGGGGAGCCGGGCCACCCGGCAGAGGUAUCAAAGUCGAAGAUGAUGAGUGA